AUGUCGGGAGCAGGAGCUCCCAUGAUCCCGGCGUUGUCGAUCCCAAACAGCAACGACAUGAACAACCAAAGAAAUAACAAGCAAGAAGAGAUCGAGAUGACCGUAUCGCCCGUCCUGUCACUGGCGACUCCCGCGCAGGCAACCGCCUCGCCGGCCGGACCCCCGAGCGAGGUCUCACUUGGAGGGCGUUCGUCUGCAUCGUCAGCACCAUAUCCUUCGGGAGGAGCAAACUCAAAGAUGUUUGGUCCUUCGGGGCAAAUCGAGGUGGUUCCCACGCCGCCGCCCGUCGUCCAGCCGACGCAAGAGUACUGGGACGAGAAGAUCUGCCUCGAGGCCGAGUACAACCCGGACCACAGCCUGCCCGAGUCGACCGACAGCGCCACCCUCACCCGCCCGCCCAUGGGCCUUCCGUAUCCCAACACCAACAACGACAAGACGGCAGCGGCACCCUCUGACGUCAAGACGGCGGGGCUCAGGAGGUCGGCCAGCAGCGCUUCCAUCGUGGCCGAGCCGGCACCGGCCUACAAGUCGUACAGCGAGGCCGAGGUGGCGCAGAUGGCGGCCACUUACCGCGGCGAGGCCGGCGUGACGCAGGCCGACGUCCCCAAGCCGAUCGACAGGCCUUUCAUCUUUGGCUACCCGCGCAAGAAGGUCAUCUACGGCGCGGGUGCGGCGGCGGCGGUCAUACUGCUGAUCAUCAUCAUCGCGGUGGCGGUGGCAGUGAACGCGGCAAAGAACAACCAGGGAGGGGGCGGGGUCUUGGAAAAGGGCCGGAUCGCAGCCAUGAACUGGACCGAGAGCAACGGAGUCGCACACGAGGCGGUGGUGUACCAGUCCCGCGACAACAGCAUCAUGCUUUCGGCGCGGGACACUCUCAGCAACGCGUGGAAGGUGUUCAACGUGACUAAGGACAUCAUGACCAAGACGGGUCUGACGACGCUGGAUGUGCUGUCGGGCAGCCCCUUCGCGGCCGUGUCCAACAACUACCAGCAAAACAUCUACUACCUCAACUCGAAGCGCGAGAUCCAGGAGCUCUACUGCAUGGUUGCCAGCGUCGACAGCUGGAACGUGGGCAUUUUGGGCUCCAAGAUCAAGGCCGUUGCGGCCGAGGGGUCCCGCAUCGCCUCGACGCGCCAGCUGUGCUCAAACUGCACCCGCAGCCUGUUCGUGGCGUGGCAGGACAACUCGACAAACAGCGUCCAUCUGGCCAACUUCACAGGCGACACCUGGACCGACUCGGGCAGCAUCUACGACUCGGCCGCUCCGGGAACCGCCCUGUCAAUGUCUACGUUUACCGACUUUCGAGGCACCGGAACCUACGGAACCGAUACAAACGCCCUGCGGCUGUACUUGGCCUCGGGCUCGAACCUGGUGGAGAUGCUCAAUGGGCCUCUGAACAACUUUGGAUGGGCACAGGGCAACUAUGACAAGGCACUCGCCGCCGGCCUGUCGGUCAACCCGUCCCCCGAGAUCGCGAGCAUCACGUACGGCGCCAACGGGUGGUUCAACAACCUGCUGUCGUACACGGACACGCGCAACCAGCUCAUGUCGGCAAUCUGGCGAGGCGACACGUGGAGCAUCCAGUCGGCCUCCAUCUCGAAUUUUGACGGCGGCAAGUCGGACGGCAAGACGGCACAGUGGCAGUCCCUCGCCGCCACCCAGACCAUGACCCUGUAUGGUCUGUCGGGAGGUCGCAUCCAUCAGCUCACCUCGUCGGCUUCGAACCCUUUCUUGUGGACUUGGGCUGGUACCGUCAAGACUGCGUGAACGAAAAAAACAAACAAAACGACAAAAAAAAAAAAAUUCCUGCAAGGGAGUCAUUUUAUAGAUUGGGAUUUGUUUUAUUUUCCUUUUCUUUUUUUUUUUUCUUUUUUUUCUUUUUUUUUUUCUCUCUUUUUUUUUACGGGCCUAAACGAAA